ACACAACGCCACCAGGCUCGUUUUGCUACCAAAUUCGCAAAUAGGGUUGCUGUUGGGCUGCUAAUUGCUAAAUCUAUUCACAGUUUAGAGAGAAAGAGAGUGAAACAGCGAACUUUUCUUGUCCAACAAUCUUCCCUCAACUCGACGCUUGCCUCUACGAUUUUCAGAGGAGGGUUCAAUGCCGUGCCGUCGCUCUUAGCAGUCCCCAGCAAGACCAUCUAUAUAUCUCUCUAUAUAUAGAUAUCGGCAGCGAUGGCUCUCCCUAUUGGGAAGCUGACCAUCCUCGUCGGCGCAGGUCUUCUUGGCUCAGUACUUGCAAAAGAAGGACGUGUGUCAACUGUAUCUGAUUUUGUCUCUGGUGCUUUUAAGAUUGUUUUGAGGCAAAUUAGACAAGAUGAUUCUCCCCCCUCUGUUAAUAAGCCACGGAGUGACUCUCUAAUGGCUCAGGUUAACAGCUUGCGGCAGGAGUUGCAACUGUUGGCAUCAAAUACACCAAUUACAAUUGUAACUGCGAGCGGAAGAGGUGGUGCCAAAUAUGGUGUAAUUGUCGUUGUGGUAGUCUUAGGAUAUGGCUAUGUUUGGUGGAAGGGCUGGAAACUCCCUGAUAUGAUGUUCGCGUCAAGGCGUAGUUUAUCUGAUGCUUGCACUUCUAUAGCUAAACAGCUUGAGACUGUUUAUUCAUCAAUCUCGGCCACCAAGAGGGGACUAUCUUCAAGAAUGGAUGUCAUGGAUUCUACUAUGGAUGAAUGUGCAGCGAUUACUGCAGAGACACAAGAGGAGGUUUCUGAACUACGAAAAAGAACGGAUUUUGUUGGUGUGGAUGUUAUAAAUAUUCAUGAUGCAGUCCAAACGCUGGAAAAUAAGAUUAGUAGAAUAGAAGGGAAGCAGGAUCUUACAAAUGAAGGAGUAAGGAGGUUGUGUAAUUAUGCCUGGAGCGUGGAAAAUGGCAGAAUAACAGAAAGUAUUCAGGCAUCACCUUCAAGUUCCUCUAGGCCAGCUCUGGAACCACCCAUUACUCCCUCUUCAAGGGUGGCUCCAUCCAGUUCUUUCAGGCCAGCUAUUGAGCCACCACCAGUUACACCCUCAUCAAGGGCUGGGUCUUUGCCUCCUGUUUUAUCGCUCAAUCCACUGUCCUCUGAUUCUGGUGGAUCUCAGCAGGUUAAACGGCCUUUGCAGAAUGCUGUCUCAUUACCGGGUCUACAGAAUAUUGAUGGAAUUUCAGAAGUGAUUGAGGCCUCAAGCAGUGGUGAGGUUACUAAAGGGGUUCAUACUCUCAAAGACACAAGUAAUGGGGCUUCAAGUUCUGGUCUGUUCGGGCUCAGGCUUCCUGGCUUUAGUGCUUCAUUUCUAACAAGAACACGCUCAGCAACAAGUGCAGUAGUAGAACAAUCUCGUUCACGUACUCAACAGUCGUGAGGGUGAGGAUCAUUCGUGUUGAUCGCAAUUAGAAUAUCUAUAUAAUAUCAUUGGACUCUGCGUUGGGAUAAAGCUUUCAGAGAUUAGUUAUGGCUGGCCUCAGGCCCUCCAGUAAAUAUAGGUUGUGCCCAUGCCAAAUUAAUGGAUACCGGACUGGGUACUGAAUUUUGUAGCGCUGCUAUUUCUGUUGUAUACCAUUUAGUUACGAGUAUUUUUUGAUGUGUAACUAAAAUUAUAUUGGGGAUUUUUUUCUUUUUUCCUUUUUCGUCUGUAGAAUCCAUUGGUCGCUGCUGGAAAGAUGGGUUUUGGCAAAUAAAGAGAGGUUUCUAGAAUUAAGCAUAA